AUGUCGUCAAGUUUUUCCGACAAUACGGACAGCCAACUUGAUUCGGAUAUGAAUUUUUUACCAACUUAUAUAAUGGAAAUCGAAGAUGAUGCAGUUCAGCCUCCCACAGCUGAACACAAAGCGAUGACGACCAGUGGCCAGGCUUACAACCUUACCAAGACGAACGGAUUGCUGAUCCAGCUUGGAUAGCUCAAUACGACGAAGAGACGUGCCGAAGAAGAGAGACGACAGCUGCUUAUGUCUCGCUUGAACGGAACCAUCCCCGUAUUAAAUUGGUAGGUGAAAUGUGCACUAUAUGUGAGCUCAGACUCAGAGACAGAGCUCGUGUUUACAUUCUGUGUAGACGCUACGGCGUACGCAGGCUAGUGUUGACACUCAUGUAAAAAUAUUUUCCUUUUUCGUUUGACAAAUCACAAUGAAUAUUAUAUGGUGUUUCUUUUUAUUUCAGGUAUACAUGCGAACUAUGUAAAGUCGAUUUACUGGUAAAUGAGAGAGAGGCUCAAUGCUGCCAAGAAAUCGAAGGCUGCUUAGAAGCGUUAGGGACAGAACUUGUUUUACAAGAAGUAGGUGCUGAGCCAAAUUGCAUAACGCUUCAUCCAGGCUUUGGUUCGGUCUGUUUAUCACCCUGGUCAUUGCGUCUGGCAGGGCGUAAAUUUCGAAAACGUAGAAGGUGAUGAAAACAGGCAAGACACAUAUAUAUAAUAAUAUAUAUAUUUAUUAAACAAUCUAAUAUAGCCAUUUUUAACCCUGAUAAAUCCCCACAAUUUGUUAUCAAUCAGAACAUUUCAUUUAUAUAAAACUAUUACAAAUAUUACAUGAAAAGUUUCUUAUAUUAUAGGUGUUUCCGAAGUGUUGCCUAUAGAGAGUAUAUACUAUAUACUAUUGGUUUAUGGAUACUUGGGAAAGAGAAGAAUACCUUUACCAGCAUGUGCUUAUCAUGCCAUAAGACAAGCUUGUGGUGGAAAAGACGUCAAAGGUUUUGAGGAUGACGAAGAGUUGGAAUGA